CCUCCCUCCGCGGCUGCCCGCGCCGCCGGGACCAUGGGCUGCUGCUGCCGCCUCCUCCUCGCCCUCCUCCUCCUCCUCCCGGCAGGACUUGGUGAUGACCCCACAGCUUCACCCCUUGCCCCCGCCAGCCCCCCCCCAGAAGUGGUGUGGACAGCAGCGGGGCCGGGCUCAGGGGGCACAGCUGUCUCUGCAGCAGCUCCCCACCAGCCUGCACCACCAACUGCCACAGGACCCGCCAGAGAUGAGGUGUCCUCCAGGCCAGCUGAGGUGGAAGACCCCAAUGGGGGCACUGUGGCCAUGUUGUCCUCUGCUUCCAUCCCCAUGAGCACCGUCGCUGCAGCAGACAACCCCCCUGUAGCCUUCAGCUCGGUACCACCAGCCUUGGAGACAGCCCCAGGUCCUCGGACAGCACAUAAUGCCAGCGUGGAGGGAGGGAUGACAGAUUUGGAAACACCUCCCAGCCCCACAGGCACACCUGCACCCUUCUCUUCCUCCCCACGCAGCAGCACCCCAUACUCUUCCCCUGGGACAGUGUUGUCCCCACCGACCGUCCCCAGCAGCACCACCCAGUCACCGAUGCCGAUGAAGGAUGUCCCUUCCCCAGGGACGGUGGCCGUGGCAUCGAGCCUGGCCAUGGAGCCAACGUCCCCCUCAGUGACUGUGGCCAGCCCCACCGAGGACACAGCCGAUGGCAAAAGCACCCCCUUCACCGGAGUCACCAUGGAAGAGGUCCCACGUGCCCUGAGUGCAGGGAGCAUCGUGGCCAUAACGGUGACGGUCAUCGUGAUGGUGGUGGUGGUCUUCGGGGCAGCGGCGUACCUCAAGAUCAGGCACUCCUCCUACGGCCGGUUGCUGGAUGACCACGACUACGGCUCCUGGGGGAACUACAACAACCCCCUCUACGACGACUCCUAGCAGGAGAAGAUCCUUAUUUAUCAGCGCUUCUGCAGCACGGCACCUGCUGCUUCCCCCCCCCCCCCCAUCGUGCGUGCUGGGUCACAGCCAGAGCAAGCGCCUGGACACUGAGCCACAGCCACCGUGAGCAGGACCACGGCAGGUCCAGCAGAGGACAGGCGGCCGGAGGGCGGGUGCACUGCACCCACAAUAAACCUGAGUGUUGGCCCUUGGCGUGGGAAGCUCUCUGAUAAUAUGGGAUGGAUGCCGCCGCACCUUGGCUUCAGCAGCGGAGUGGGUCCUUGGGAGGGGUUGGCAGCUUUGCUUUUAGCUUGAGAAACCCGAAUUCCCUGAGGGAGGCGAGGGGGGAAGGAUGGAGGCUUAGACUGCAUCGUGGUGCCCUUGGAAGGAACAUGGGGGAAGCUAAGAGGGUCCCACUGCUUUGUGCAUCCCUCCCUCCCUCCAAUAUCCCCUCCCUGCAUUGCCCCUCUGCCUUCCCUCACCUGUGGUAGUUUGCCAUGGGUCACAGGAAAUUACAACUGCUCCUUUCCCUCUUUUUUUUUUUUUUUUUUUUUUUUUUUUAAUUAUUAUUAUUAUGCACAGAAGCUUAUUUCCUUUUUAACCCCGCUUUUUAAUUUUUAUGUUUAUUUUCCCAAAUACCAUGUGGGAACCCCCAGGAAAGGUGUGCUUCCCACCUGCACUUCUGGGAUGAGAAGCAACUCACUGUUGCACCCGUAGCGGUUUGCUUCACAACGUUACUUUUAAUCCUUGAAAUACCUCUCCUCUAAAAUAUACUGAAGCUGCUUUAAUCCCCAGUUUAUGCAUAUACCUGCUUGGACAAAA